AUGUCCUAUCGAACCAGUUCUAAUUACCCCACUGCCCAUAAUCACUGCUUUCGUAGUGUUUCUUCGUACGAUGCCCAAUCGCACACGAAGAGGAAGUGUUCGACUUGUGGUGUUUGGGGAAAAAAAGGGGGAACCUGUACUUUGUGCGGUGACACGAUUCCAGCACCGCGUCCACAUCAUGUGGCUUCGAUGAUCUCCUCUCGCGUAUUGUCUUAUGUGUCCUUUACAGGAGCAGAAGCAGCAGUAACAGAAGCGGCAUCUCAGUCAUGGAAAGACGAGGAAACAUCACCCCUGGCUGCUCCUCCACAGAAAACACCAAAGGUUAAAUGCUCCUACUGCGGUAUUUGGGUUACACCUGCCUCUGUGUGCCAUUUAUGCAGAACUCAAGCAUGA